CCUUAACAACCCAAUUAUGAAUAAAGCCGUAAUUUUUCUCGAAUCCGCUACCAAGAAAAAAACUAUUGGAACUUUUCUCGGAAGUAAUUACGUAAUAUUUGCCACCGGCGGACACUUAACCGAACUAGCCAAGAAAGGUUAUUAUAAUUUGGGGAUUGAGUUAGAGAAAUUUACUCCGACUUACGAAGUAAUUACUGAGAAAAAAAAAAUGAUUGAGUUUUGGAGGAAUUUUUUACAGCAAGAAAAAAUUAGCCUUAUUUACCUAGCCACCGACCCGGACCGGGAAGGCGAAGCUAUUGCCCAAGAAGUCGUAAAAACUUUAAAAUUAGCCACUAACCAACACCAGCGGUUAUUUUUUUACGAAAUAACUCCGCGGAGUAUUAAGGAAGCUUUGGCUAAUCCGUUAAUGAUUAACGAAAAUUUGGUGGCAGCCCAGGCUUCGCGACAAGUGCUUGACCGCAUAAUCGGUUUUUGUCUUAGCACGGCUUUACAAAAAAAGACGGAAAAGGACAAAACUCAGGCUCUUUCGGCCGGCCGGGUCCAGUCAGUAGCCUUAAAAUUAAUUAUUGAGCGGGAAUUAGCCAUUCGCAACCAUGAGAAAAAGAAAGAAUAUAUUAUUUGUGGUCUUUGCUCGGUUGAGAAGGAAAAAAUAACUCUCAAACAA